GGGCGCUGCAGUCUUGGUUAGGCCAGAUUGGAAAGCAGCACCUUCAGGUGUUGAAAACGCACUCAGGAGUCAGUAGGAAUCUGCACUGGUACAUUUAUAAUAAAGAACAUUUAUAAUGUUUUUUUUUAAAAACUUAAUAUGCACAAUGGGUGCUUAUUACUAUGUUUUAAGGUCUUGAGCAUACAUAGCUAGUUCAGUAUUAACAUUAUUGCACAUUUUUCAGUUUUCCACACAAAAACAUUGUGUUCAACAUAGUUUUACAUUACAGUCGAUUCCCAAUACUCUUCCUCCGCUGUGUAGCACGUGCUCCUUGCUUGCUUGGUAAUGAGGUGGAAAUGUUAUCUGCACCCAUUGUACCGUCUGAAUGCCAGUUCUGUUCAGCAAUUCAAAGCAUCAGCUGCGUGUGAAUCCUUAAGAGGACUAGAGAUGAGAGCGACAGGGUGCUGGAUCCGGACUGUGUCGAGAGAAAGCACCCCCUCGCGUUGUUGUGAAGGAGCAGUGUGUUCACAGGCUGGUCUGGCCAAGUCAUGGAGCUGCAGUGCUGCAAUGAGAGUUGAACUUCUUUGGGCUUUGAUGAGUUAAAACAUUUAGCAGCUAUGCAGAGCAGUUCACCUUGUGCCAGUGAAUCAGCAGUGUUGUAAUUGUUUUAUUACUGUGCAGCAGAGUUCAACCUGUGUGAUUUUUCUAAAGGGGUCAUGCAUGAUUAAAAGUUAGCACUGCAAACGGUGACUGAUGGAUUACUCCAGUUCUAUUGCACCAAAGAAAUCUUCAUAAUACUUUUUAAAAUGCAUUGGUCAUUAAGAAUUUCCAGUUAUUCUAGUUAAAGAACAGCUUGUGUUGAAAUGUAUUAAAUUCUGAAAAUGUAAAUCAAUAAUGCAGAUAAACAUGAUGUGACACAUUGUCUGAGCACCAUAUUAAAACACAUUCAGGUGUUGCUAUUUUGAGUGAAUUCCAAGCUACACCUUGCAUCUCAAAUCCCUACUUGCAAUCUUUUUCAAGCCACGUUCGAAGCAGAACGGUUUUAUCUGCUGUAUUUGUGGCACUUGUUCACUGUUAAAAAUCUGCUUUUAGGUGUUCAUUUGCAGUAGUUUGGGAUGUUUGAGACCUUCAUAUUUGAAAUUAAGGAUAAUGAUUUUAUGAUGACUAGCUUAAUUGUUGCUGUAAUCAGGAGCAGUUAUUUAUUUGGCACUAAUUAUUUUGUAUGGGUUGUGUUGGGGAAUUUUUGAAGUCUGCUAUUUACUUUCAGAAGAAGGUAAAUAAGAAACUUUAUGCAUUCAAUUCCUUGUAUGCCACUAAUUGUCAUACAUCAAGUAAUGUUUUUUUUUUUGUUUGAUACUUUUCUGGAUUCACUUACAAUUGCAAAUGUAAAGUUAAUUUUAUUUUUUUGUUCCUUUGUUUAGUACCUCCCUGUGAUAGUUUUUAACUGUGUAUUGUUUUAAGACUUGUCAGUGUCAUUGAUGAGGAGUGAUGACAUCACUCCCAGUUGUUAGUUAUCUGUCAUGGCAGUCAGAGCAGCUGGGAGGUGUGCCAACUGAAGAACACUGGCUAUAUUGUACCAUAAACAUAUCAAUGACUUGAGAAAUAUUUACAGAGCUGAAGUACUCUAAAUCACCACUUAAAAAGUUAAAAGUACAAAUACUACUUAUAUGCCACUCCAGUAGCAUAUGGGGUGACAUAUAACUGACAUAUGAAAUAACUGUCAGUACUCAUUGUGUGUCAAUAAAUGGGAAAUUGUGCACGAUACGUUUUUAUUUUUGGAAACCCAGAUGGCCUGUAGCUCUGGUUGGUUGGAGCUGGAACGUUGUAUACAGGUUAAUAAAAGGGGAAGGACCUGGGCUUACCUAUCCCACUCUACAGGGCAUCAUAAAUACAGAGACUAAAUGCAACUAGAUCAGGCUGUUUGUUGGUAUGAAGUGGUUGGGAGAAUCCAAGAACAUGGUAUUAAAUGGCAGGAGACAUGGAAGCAGGUUCUCCAGUGAACAGACUCCGAAUCAGUCAAGGCUGCAGCAUUCUCCUAGAGCACACCUGAGGCACAGCAAAAGCUCUCCAAGUAGCAGACGAUGUAGUCGACGUUUCAGUGGUGCUUCCCUAGAAGUGGAGAGACGAUACGUCCCCUCCUCAGGGAUGACAGCCAAAGAGCUGUGUGAAAAUGAUGAUCUAGCAACCAGUUUGAUCCUUGAUCCCUACUUAGGAUUUCAGACACACAAAAUGAACACCAGGUUUCGACCCAUCAAAGGAAGACAAGAAGAACUAAAGGAAGUGAUAGAAUACUUUAAAAAACAUGAUAGCUUGGAAAAGGCAUUUCAGGCCUUGACUGCAGGAGACUGGGCCAGACACUACUUUCUUCAUAAGACGAAAGCCCAGGAAAAACUCUUCAAGGAGCAUGUAUUCAUUUAUCUACGAAUGUUUGCCUCUGACAGUGGGUUUGAAAUUCUUCCUUGUAAUCGCUAUUCUUCAGAGCAGAACGGAGCUAAAAUUGUUGCAACAAAAGAGUGGAAAAGGAAUGACAAAAUUGAGUACUUGGUGGGCUGUAUUGCGGAGCUGUCGGAGAGCGAGGAGAACAUGCUGCUUCGUCACGGGGAGAAUGACUUCAGUGUCAUGUACUCCACGAGGAAGAACUGUGCUCAGCUGUGGCUCGGACCAGCUGCCUUUAUCAACCAUGAUUGCCGCCCAAAUUGCAAGUUUGUUUCAACUGGCCGAGACACUGCAUGUGUGAAGGUUCUAAGGGACAUUGAACCCGGAGAGGAGAUUUCCUGUUAUUAUGGUGAUGGCUUCUUUGGUGAAAACAAUGAAUUCUGUGAAUGCUACACAUGUGAAAGAAGGGGCACUGGUGCUUUCAAAUCUAAAGCUGGCCUGCCUGUUCCUACUCCCGUAAUCAACAGCAAGUAUGGACUGAGAGAAACAGACAAGCGCCUGAACAGGCUAAAGAAGUUGGGGGAGGGCAGCAAAAACUCAGACAGCCAGUCUGUUGGCUCUCAUACUGAUGCAGAUAACUCUCAGGAAAUGUCUCAUGCACAAGCAUCUGCAAGGAAAAGAUCAUCGUCAAGCAUGAAAAAGUUCAACAAAAGCAGGACUCUGACCAGGCAGUCUUUGCAAAGAACUUCGUCUACCUCAUCUUCUAAACAAAGUCAUAUGAAUAAUUCCAGGGUACCAAAGAGACUAAAAUCAAAACCCACGAAGCCUUUGCUCUCAAAAGUAAGGUUGAGGAGUCAGUGUCGGAGGCCAGAGCAAAAGACUUCCUCGAGUAAACUAGAUGUGGGGAGUUUGGUUCUUAAAGAGCCUAAAGUUGUUCUUUACAAAAACCUCCCAGUGAAAAAAGAGAGAGAAACGGGGGGACCAGUGAAAGUGGAGGGGUCAAGUGGGUGCUUGACCCGCCACGCUGCAAAAGAAAACAAGCAUAACUCUUUAAAAGGUGCUACUGUGUAUGAUGGGAGCUUAAAUUGCACUUACCGAACUCGGAGGUCGACAAGAACUAGAUUGAAUCCUCAUGAGACCUCCGACAUAAAGCUUGAACCAAAUAUGUUGGACGGUCACACUCACGGCGGGGUUGUGAUAAAAACGGAGCCGAUGGACUUUGAGGAGCACAUGUGCGUGACGCGGGGAAUAAAACUGAACAGCCCCUUGCCGAAACUGGACGCCAGCUGCCAGAGAAAUGGAACAUGUUUGCGCAGGAGGCGGCUGUCGCAGGUUAAAACAGACAGGGCGAUUAAGCUGGAGGACAGGGGCUCCUUCAGCGAGGUGUUCAUUCAGGAGGGUGUCCCUGACCUGAUGAGCCCUUCCUGUGCAAGUGACAUUGGGGAAUGUGGGAAGAUGCUCUUGGGCUUACCUGACAGGCGGCAGGAUUACAACGGGGCAGCCAACGGAGGAAAAAUAAUGGCUGUAGAAAAGGGGAAAGCUGCCUGCCGCACAGUGGGCAAAGGCAAAAAAAAGCGCAGCAUCACGCGCUACGAUGCGCAGCUCAUUCUAGAGAACAGCUCGGGAAUUCCCAAACUAACCCUGCGCCGGCGCCGCGACAGCAGCAGUAGCAAAACGAAUGAGCAGGAGGCAGACAUGGUGAACUCCUCGAAGAUAAGCAUCAAGUUCAGCAAAGACCACGACAAGGACAAAAACAGCUCCUAUGUAGCAAAGCUGAACAACGGCUUCAACCCAGGACCUAACAGCAACCCAACAAAGCUCAAAAUCCAGCUCAAGCGGGAAGACGAUGGAAGGGGGGUGACUCAGAUGCGUUCGGAGGAGGUGACUGGGAAUGGUCUCCCCGUGAGUGAAGGUGGAGAGAUCUAUGACCACAGGGUUCACGGGGCCAGAAACACAGACCAGGAAUCUUCAUCCGGGGAAGAAGAGGAUUACUAUGAUGAGGAGUUUGAUGAUGAUUUCAUUCCACUUCCUCCAGCUAAAAGACUCCGACUUAUUGUUGGGAAAGAUUCUAUAGACAUUGAUAUCUCCUCUAGGAGAAGAGAGGAUCAGUCGCUGAGGCUUAAUGCAUAAGCUGAGGGUCUUUGACCUUAAUGUACAUAAAGUUUAACUUUCUAAUCAACUGUAUGUUGAUUUAAAAAAAGGAAAAACAGAAAUACAAAAAAAAACAACACAAAAGACCUUUCUGUAAAUUUUAGUGAUGGCAUUUCUCAAUUGUUUAUUCAUUAUCAACAUAAAUAUUGUAGAAAGUGUACAGUAUAUUAACUCUUCCUAAGUCUGAUAUGUGCAGAUUUUUAUUGUACUUUUUAUUAGCCUUAUGUGCAAUUCUAAAUUCUAUUAAGAGCUCAUGCUCAGUUGUAGAAUAAAGGCUAAAACAGAUCUAUCCAGUUAUACACUUAAUUCAAUCAUUGGGAAACACAAUAAUGAAACUACCCUAGACUUUUUAAACUCCGAGUGUCAAGUUGUUCUGUUACGAGAAAAUUAACCUUAGGUUUCAUAGUGGCAGCACUUAUAUAUGUAUAUUUACACACUGCAUCACUAGACGUAUCCAGGAAACAUGAUGUACUGAAUGACUGGGUGCAGAUUUAACUUUAAAAAACCUUUAAAUUACUAGUUAAAUUAUGAUCUGUCAGAUAAACAUGGUUUGUUUAAAAUAUGCAAAACACAUCUCUCAGCUGUAGUUCAUCUCAACAUUUUGUCUUUUUAUAGGAAACCAUUUCAGUCGUGGUGGGGGUGCAUGGUGCUUGGUAUACUUCCUUUAGUAAAUAUCUUGGCAUCCCUUAAAAAAGUGUCUUUGAAAAUUUUAUUUCCUGUGCAGUGUUCCCAUAACAUAGUGCUAAUCUAAAUAUAACCCAUGCCCUUUUUAGCCCUGACAAAUUUCUGUGUUUUUGAAAGGAGAAUGUGGGUCGGAACUCAUCAGGAUUGUCAUUGCCCGUUGUUGUAAAUUGAAGAAAAUAACUUCUAUCCAGUCAUUCUUUCAUUGUGAAAACAGUACUAUUUUUGAUUGACAGCCCUUGGAGUGUGUGAUAGAAGUGUAGAGUAAUGGAGUGACCCACCCCUAGUCGUUCUGUAUAUCAUUUUGUUGUGAGCAGUGUGUGUACAUAUAUACUGCUCAAAAGAAUUAAGGGAUUACGGGAGCAUAAUCAUCCCAUCAUUCUUUUCCUUUGUUCUUCAUAUCACCAGCAGACCAUUGCAGCUUUGAACUUUGCUAAAUGUUUUUCCCCUCUCAGACGUGUCCAUUUCACACUGUAUACUGUCCCAGGUGUACUGUUUGUGGUCUUUGUUAGUAGCCAGCUAUUGGAAUUCCAGUUGAUUUAUUAAAACAAAAAAUACAUGUGAAUAGUUUGCUGACAUUUUAGAGCAUUAUGUGUACAAGGGUAGCAGUAUACAGUAUACAGAAUAAGAUAAGGGCAGUGCUGAUAUUGUCCACCAUGUAAAUGAUGUGAACACCUUGUACUUAUUUAACAGUUUUGAAUACUUGAAAAAGAUAAAGUUUCUUUGCAAGAAC